AUGAGCUCUGUAAGGUGUUUGGUACUUUGGCUCGAUUCGGAAAUUAAUAACAGCGAAGAAAAUGUCACGACACAACAUAAAUUAGUUGACACUUUCCGCGAUGUUAAAGUUUUCGAUAAUAAAGAUGAUUGUCAACGAUUUAUCGAAUCUGAACCUCAAGCACAUAUGUUGGUUAUCGCCAGUGGUCGAUUAGGUCGACAACUUGUACCUGCGAUUGAUGCAUUGGCGCAAAUUGAUGGAGUCUAUAUUUAUUGUAUGGAUAAAAGUCGCCAUGCUGAAUGGGCAAAAAAGUUUCCUAAGAUUAAGGAUAUCUUCGUCGAAUUAGAACCGUUGAUGAAUCGAAUCCGGACGGAUUUGGACGAACUACAAGCAAAAUUUAAAUCUAAACCAUCUCCGGUAUCGGCUGCAAGUGCAACAUCCAAACCAGUCAGUUCCGAUGAUAAAAAUCCUUGCAUACUUGAUGGCUACGAAAAACUACCAUUGAGCACCCUCGAAGAGGCUGUCGAGCCCCUCAAAGACAUUGUUGGUGAAGUCGAACAAAUGGUUUGGACAGCCAAACAAAAUUGUCAAAAUCCCGAGGAUGGUCUUACAGUCGAUGAAUCGGCAUCGAUCUCCGUCUUUACCAUGGAAUGGUUUCCACACGAAUCUUCGCUUUCGUAUAUUUUGAAUGAAGCUCUACGUGCGGAAGAGAAACAGAAGGUCACGCCAUGGUUUCUAUAUUUACGAUUGCUCUUCCACGGACUUUCGAAAUUGAAAACUAUUUCGGGAAUUGUCCAUCAAGGAUUUUCAGGAGAUCUGACAAAGAAUUAUCCUACGAAUAAAAUUUACACAGUCUGGCAAUUUUCGAACUGCUCGCCGUUGAUCGAGUCAUUAGAAGAGGAUGAAGACUUCGGCAGGACAGGUGAACGAACACUUUUAACAAUUCACUGUCGAACUGGCAAAGAUAUCACUCGACACGCCUUCGAUCCAUCAAAAGAACAAAUUCUUUUAUCACCCGGCUGUCAAUUCAAAGUUGUAUCAGCUCUCGAAGCCGAUAAUGACCUACAUAUCGUUCAACUACAAGAAUUAAAACCAAUUUAUUCUUUUAAUUAA